AUGGCGUGGAUUCGGCCGAGAAUUGCGACGUUCGAUUCCAGGUUCAUCUACCUCGAAGCUGGUCCCAAGGAGCAGCUGCGCGAAAAUGGAACCGCGCAAUGGAGCCACGAAAUUCGUAAGACAGCCAAGAUUGUGAAGCGUAGUGUCUCGCGGGCUAAAGUCACUUCCCGCGCCGCGGGGAAAAAAGAUGCGCGGUUGAGGGACUGGGAGCGAUGCCACGAUGCGAACGGUCGCGUCCGCGUUGACUCUGCACCAGGUGGGAGAAAGGGUGUGUAA